AUGUCAGCACGUUCAGGAGCUAUGAUGUCCAACGUCGGGAAUCCUCAGGUGUACGAAGCGAAUGAGCAAAGAACGUCAAAACAAACAGACAAGAACCCGAGAAAGUACGAUGAGGGACAGGAGCACGCACAUCAGGAUAUUGAUUCCAAAGACGGACGGAGCAUAGGCAAUAGACUCGCUGCUGCCAUCAAGCACUCACGUAGCGAAGAAUCAACGAAUCCCUUCGAGGAUCCUAACGUCAAUCCUCUUGGACCAGCCACUUCUCAUGGGAAUGAACCGUCGAAAGGGGCCAAGGUAGAUGCAGAACUCAAAGCCGAGGAAGAGGAAUUAUUGAGGCGGAAGGGGAAGGCGUAA